UUUCUCUCUCUCAUCCUUAGCUCGCCUUGUAGCUCUUUCGAAUUCGGAUCUGUUAGGGUUUCGAUCUCCUUCCUCGACGAUGGCUGCCACGAACCCCGGAUGCGUCAAGCAACCCGAUCAAGACUCGGAGAGUUCGAUGCAGAGCACUGCUGAUAUGACAGCAUUUGUACAAAACCUCCUCGUGCAGAUGAAAACCAGGUUCCAAGCAAUGUCAGAGGGCAUUGUUUCAAAGAUAGAUGAAAUGGGAAGCAAGAUAGAUGAACUGGAGCAGAGCAUCCAAGACCUCAAUGCUGACAUGGAGGGUGCAUCCAAGUCGAAGCCUGAAGACGAUAAGCCUUCCGACGAGCCUGUGUAAGCUUAUGAGAAGCAGGUGAUGGGCGGACGAUGCUGGGAUUAGGGGUAUCGUUCCUUUCAUCAUUUUCUUUUCUGCAGUAAUAUGGAAACCACAAGUAAUCCUGUUGGUAUCAUUAGGAAUCUAUUGUACCUCUUUGUUAGCUGACACCCACAGAUGUUUCUGAAACUAACUACUGCAAUUCUUGGUAAUAUCUUCAUGCAAUCAUCAGCUUGCUAUUUA